UCCACAGUAGGUGAAGCCGCUCGCUCGUCGCCACCAUAACCGAAGCAGGUGUCCAACAUGGCGAACCCACGCUGCGGCUCUCUCGCGACUAUUCUCGUUUUAUUCAGCUUUCAGGCGGCUCUUCUCCAAGGCGCUGCACAGAUUCCAGUGGUGAGUCAAAACCUGGUGACGGACAACGUGUCGGUGGUGGAGGGCGAGACGGCCAUCAUCAGUUGUCGUGUGAAGGACAACGACGACUCGGUCAUCCAGCUGCUCAACCCCAACCGACAGACCAUUUACUUCAGAGACAUGAGGCCGCUAAAAGACGCUCGCUUCCAGCUGGUCAACUUCUCCGACAACGAGCUGCGGGUGUCGCUGUCCAACGUGUCGCUGUCGGACGAGGGCCGCUACGUUUGCCAACUGUACACGGACCCGCCGCAGGAGGCCUACGCCGACAUCACCGUGCUGGUGCCUCCAGGGAGCCCCCUCAUCGACGCCCGCGACGAGGUCCUGAGCGAGGGCAACGAAACAGAGAUGACCUGCACCGCCAUGAGCAGUAAGCCCGCCGCCACCAUCAGAUGGAUGAAGGGCGAUAAGGAGCUUCCAGGAAAGCCCAAAGUCGAGCUCACUUACGACAGGAUGUACACGGUAACCAGCCGCCUGACGUUCACCGUCAACAAAGAGGACGAUGGCGUGCCAGUGGUUUGCAUCGUGGAUCACCCCGCGGUCAAAGACUUCCAAGCCCAGAAAUACCUGGAAGUGCAGUACAAGCCCGAGGUUAAGAUCAUGGUGGAGUUUCCUCAGGGUCUGACGAGGGAAGGAGAGAACCUGGAGCUGUCGUGUCAGGCCAAAGGCAAACCUCAGCCACAGCGGGUCAACUGGGUGAAGGUGGACGACGACGUGCCGUCCCACGCCGUCAUCACCGGCGCGGACCUUUACAUCGAAAACCUCAACAAGUCCUACAACGGAACAUACCGCUGCGUGGCGGCCAACUCUUUGGGGGAGUCUUACGACGACUACAUCCUCUACGUCUACGAUGCUCCCACCACCACCACCACCCCCACACCCACCACUGCCACCACCUCCACCUUCAUCACCACCUCCUCCUCCUCCUCCCUCCACCCCGAAGCCAGUCAAGACACUGCGCCCAGCACUGAACCUGCAGCUCAUGAUUCUCGAGCCGGCGAGGGAACCCCCAGAACGGUGGACCACGCGGUGAUCGGGGGAGUGGUGGCCGUGGUGGUCUUCGCCAUGCUCUGUCUACUCAUCGUCUUGGGACGCUAUUUUGCCAGGCACAAAGGUACCUACUUCACGCACGAAGCCAAAGGGGCGGACGACGCGGCCGACGCCGACACGGCCAUCAUCAACGCCGAGGGAGGCCACACCAAUUCCGACGAAAAGAAGGAGUACUACAUCUAAUCAAAGCAGGACCCCCGACACCUUUAGUGUCCUCUUUGGGACGCAGCUGUUUCUGGGGCGGGG